GUCUUGGUGACUAAAAACUUGAAAAGAUGGCGGCGGACAGCGGCACGUCGAAGGAUGGAACGAGCGAAAAUGAGGCCCAUUUUUCCUCCUUUAUGCAAGAGGUGAAGGCGAUUGAGAAGAGGGAUUCAGUACUGACACCAAAGCAACAAAUUGACAGACUUCUCCGUCCGGGCAGUACGUACUUCAAUCUCAACCCGUUUGAGGUCAUACAAGUGCCACCAGAAAUGACCCCUGAUGAAAUCCGGAAAAAGUACAGACGGUUAUCCUUUCUUGUGCAUCCCGACAAAAAUGUUGACGACAAGGAGCGGGCGCAGAAAGCUUUUGAAGUUUUGACCAAUGCCAUGAAGACCAUUGAAGACGAAGAGAAGAGGAAAAGCAUGCUGGCCAUCAUUGAAGAAGCCAAGGAGAAGAAUGAAUUUCUCCUGGAAGAGAAACGAAAGAAGCAGAAGAAGGAAGAUAAGUCGACAGAGAUCGAGGAAGACGAUCCAGAAAAGUUCAAAGAGACGUUGUACAAGACAACGGUGAAGCUGUUUGCCGACUACGAGAUCAGGAGGCGAGAGCUGGCCGAGCGGGACGCGGUGCUGCGGAAACGGGAACGGGAAGAAGAGAUCGCUGCCGAGGAGAAAGCCAAGAAACAGAAGGAGUGGGAGAAGGAAUGGGAGAAAAGUCGGGAUGACCGCGUGGAUAGCUGGCGAGACUUCAACAAGGGAGGCAAGAAGAAGAAAGCCAAGACCAAGAACAGGAUGGCCUUCAAACCUCCCAAGCCCAAGCUGGAACAAAGAUGAUGAACGGCCACUCAAAGAUGUAAAUAGUUACACCCUUUACUGCGCAAAGUCAACCCUACUUUUACCUUGGUCAAAGAUUGGGUUUGGGAUUUGUAUUUCCCCAAUUCAUCCGGUCUCUUGCAAGUGCCGUAAAGCCGUCGUGGCAGUAAAGGUCUUCAUCAACCAGAUGAACCAAAUCAAGUCUUGAGAACACCGGCAGCGCUAACCAGACAACUCUGAGCAUACCUCACUUGCGUACAUUGGAUUCAUGUAUUUCUUAUUGUAGCCCAUUCAGUGGAAUCCACUGAUCUCCCCUGAGUCCAAGAGAAGACAAUGUGAAGAAAUUACAGUUUUACUUUUAGA